AUGUUGCUCAACACUCAAAUGGCUCUCUUCCUUACAGGCGUCUUGGUCCCCAUCACCGCUAUAGCAGCCCCAGGCCCUCCAGUCCUCGACACAGCCGUGGUAGCCUCCAUAGGCUCCAAAUACGCCAAACCCACCCAGAACCCAGCGGCCGCCAUUAUCGGCAUCGAUACUUGGCAGGUCCUCAACUCUCAAGAUGCCAAUGAGGGGUCAGGAGAAGGCCAGAAGCGGUCUUAUGGCGUAUCGGGUCCAGGAUCGGUCAGGUUUGCGUUCAAUGAGACGAACAAGUAUACUGCGGAGACGUUCCGAAUCAGUUACUAUUCUGUUGGCCCUUCGCCUACUGGAGCUAUGGGGGCAAAGAUCAACCCCAGUGUCUGGGUAUCUGCGACUUCUACGGAGAAGCCUACCAGUAUCAUUCAGUGCGUGGCCACGGCCACAGCAAGCAUGACUGGGGAUGUAUAUGUAUACCCAUCUCCUGAUAUCCCUACUACUUCUAAACAGAUGAUUGAAGUCAAGUGUACUGGCGUUUGA